GGAAGCUGGAGCUAGAAAAAAAUAAUUAAUAGUAAAAUAAAAUAAAUUAAUGAUAAAUAAUAAAUUCACAUAAUUAUUUAUUUUUAAAUUUAAAUGACACAGCUGUCAAAACUAAAAUUAUUUAUUUACAAAAUAACAAUGUAAAUAAAAAACAAAUUUACAUUUAAAUAGAUAACAGAUUUGAAAAGUGAACAGUCGAAUAAACUGAAAAAACGCGCUCACAACUAAAGUGUGUCCGGCGCGUCGUGGUGUUGUCCAACACAAAUUUUUUUUUCUCCGAUUUAAAGUUUAUUGAUUUACAAUAAUUAUUUUUUAAAAAUUUAUUCAUUAUUUAAAUUUUUAUUUAAAAUAUAACAAUAAUGAAUGAAUGCCAGAUAUGUUUUAAUUUAAAAUUCAAAAUAUCAGUGUCGACUAGUUGCUGAGUUUAUAAACUAAAUUAUUCGUCGAAGUGUCAACUAAUUAAUUUAUUUUAUUCAAAAAUUCAUUAUAUUUUUACUUCAACACAUAUUUAUUAUUUAAUUACACGUGAUCUUAUACUAAAAACAUCAUAAUGGUUAAAGGACGAAGAAAACGGGGCUCGACGGUGACUGUCAUGACGCGUUCGUCGGCUUUGGUAGAAACAAAUGGAUCAAUUGUUUCGCCGCUUAAAAAAGAAAUAAAGUUGGAGAAGGAUCAAGGGGAGAAUAGAAAGCUCGGCAUGGGUCAAAAGAAAAAAAACAACCCAUUGAAAUCUCCUGUAUCUAUUACGUCAUACUUUACAAAGACUAAUGGAUUCAAUAAUAAAAUUUCAAAUGAAAAGAUAACGGAGUUUAUAAAAACAGAAGAUGUGUUAUUGAAAGCUGAGCAUGACGUUAAAGAAGAGAUUGACGAUAAUUCUCCAAUUGAAAAAUUAUUUAAAACUGACGAAACACCAGUGGCGGUACCAUGUCAGAACCCAUCUACGCCACAUCGGAUUAAUAUGCCGACAAUCCAAAGCGACGAUUCGGACACACGAAGUUCAACAGAAAGCAAUGACGCUAAACCUAUGACGGAAGUUGUUGUCAAUGGACAUACUACAAAAGACAAGGAAGUGAGAAAAAAAAUAACAGGAAACGUACGGGGAAAAUUAAAAUACACGGAACCUAUUAUUCAUGUUAAUUCACCAAAAUCAGCGGUAGCAAAAACAAAUCACAAAGUAACUGAAUAUUUUCCUGUACGACGUAGUGUAAGGAAGUGUAAAAAGACUGUACUUGAAGAGAAGCAACGCGAUCUCGAGAACAAGGUAUUAUGUCAGGUAGAGGAAGGUCUGAUGGUGAAGCAUUUUGUUGGUAAAGGACGUGGUGUCGUGACGACACGUGAAUUUAAAAAAGGCGAAUUUGUUGUUGAGUAUAUCGGUGACUUGAUCGAUCAGGUUGCUGCUAAAAAACGUGAGGCUGAGUAUGCUAAAGAUCAAAACACUGGUUGCUAUAUGUAUUACUUCCAGCAUCGUAAUCAUCAGUAUUGUGUUGAUGCUACAGCCGAGACUGACAAACUCGGCAGACUUGUAAAUCAUUCACGUAAUGGAAACUUGAUAGCCCGUGUUAUUGAAGUUGAAUCAAUACCACACCUAGUACUGACAGCUAAGGAAGACAUUCCCAUGGGUGUUGAAAUAAAUUACGAUUACGGUGAUCGCAGUCGUGAAGCAAUUCAGAAUCAUCCUUGGCUGCUUCUAUAACUGAUCAAUUACUUUCGUUAAGAUAGAAAAUUUUAUUUUUAAAACUAUACAACUCAACCUGAUAUUACAGGUGGAUUUAUUUUACUACUGCCAAUUGGUAUUUAACAAUCGGAUAAAAAAUUCAAAAAAAUUCGGUGGUAAUUAAAAAGAAGAAAAAAUAAUUAUUAAUAAUUAAUAUUGUCACAUAAAAUACUUUAAACCUGCCGUUAAAGGCUAGCGAUCUGAAUUUAUAAUUUAAAUGUGGGCACUGUACUCGCUGCAGUGCAUUUAAUAACUAGAGUAGGAUAGUUUAAAAUAAAAAUAUUUUAAUUGUUGAGAGAAUUUGCCCUUAAAUGUUCAAUAAAAUAAAUCCUAGAAUACAAUUGCACAUUUAGGUAGAUAAAUUUUGGUUAAAUUUAGAUAAUAACAUGCACAUUGUUAUCAUUAUCUUCAUUGUUAUUUAAUUCCACUAGUUUUUUUAUACUCGUUGUUGUGAAUUAAAUAAUUGAUCAUAAAUAAUCUUAUACAAAAAUUUAUUUUUUUUUUGCAAAUGAUCGAACAAUUUAAUUGCUAGACACUGCCAAAAAAUUGCGCUUCGUAUCAUGAUUAAAUCAAAUUAACCACUAACUGUUUUCGUACAAAGAUAUAUUUUUUUUUUUAUUUGGAAUGUUUAUAACAAUCAAUCAUUAAUAAUAAUUGUAGUAAUAUUUAUC